AGAGAGAGACGCAGAGCAGCCAGCCUGCCAUAUGGGAAAUAAUCCCAUGGCUAUGGCGAUGAUCAUCCAUGGCCACGCCCUUGCUUGCCCCAUGCUCUUCCUCUCCUCCUCUCUUCGUCCUCCUCCUCACUGCUGCUGCUGCGCCACCGCCGUCUCUCCCCCUCCUCCUCUUCCUAACCUUGCCUUGUUCUUCUUCUCUUAGUUCCAAGCUUGCUUCUUUUUUUGUCUUCCUGCCGUUUCUGGCGCAGUUUAUGCUGUAAUCUUGUGAAAGAUCAACGGGUGGCAAUUUUGACGAGUGUUUUUUAAUUUUAAUUUUAAUUUUUUCUGUGGUGAGGAGGAGUUUGGAGUUGAAAGCGGUGGAGACUGGGGGGAGGGACACUAAGAGGCGUUGUUGCGGAGAAGCCGGAGUUUUUCUCCAGCGCUGCAGAGAGAGAGAGAGAGGGAAGGUCGUGCGGAGGAGGAGGUAUUGGGCCGUGGGGCAUGUAGAAGGUGACCCGGAUGGUUGGAAGGGGUUGUACCUCUUGGAAGCGUUUCCCACAAGUUGUGUAGUCUGUUAGACGUAGUCCCGUGCCAUUUUCUAAGAUCUCCUUGGGGAGCGCAUCUGAAACAUUCUGGCAGUGUGUACGAUGGUUUGAAAGGAUCUUGCGGGGUGGGUAGAGGGGUGCAUUUAAGGUAUGUCAUUGGAGGGAACCGGUGUUGCGAAGAAAGGAGUUGGAGGAAGUGGAGCAGCAGUGUGGAGGAUGCUAGGAUAUGAGUGAGAUAUGGAGGGGAAAUGGAAGGUACGAGAGAUUGUGACAAGGAAAGCACGUUGCGAGGUAUUUCUUGGGGGGCAAGUAGUGACGCUGUUACCGUUGCCAUGCAUGUGAUGUGCGGGAGUUAGCUUCAACGGGUUACUGAGAAUCUUUUUACAGGUAUUACCAGCUGGACCUAAGGAUGCUAUUCUACAGAUAGGGAAAAUAGUACUAGAAGCAGAAAGGUGAUCCAGGCACUUGACCUCAGGGGACAGUGGCCCUUCUAUGGCAUUUGCAACUGCCGGUUUGGCUGGUAGCACGAAUAUGAUCGGAGGAGGGACAGCCCCAAUCAAAGCAGGUUCUAGCGGAGUAGAAUCGUUACCCAAAGAAAUGCACGACAUGAAGCUCAGGGAUGACAAGGUUGACCACAGUGAUGAUAAGGAAAUUGAGGCAUCAGUAGUAGAUGGGAAUGGCACCGAGACGGGCCACAUCAUAGCAACUACUAUUGGAGGGAAGAAUGGGCAACCCAAGCAGACUAUCAGCUAUUCAGCAGAACGUGUCGUUGGCACAGGGUCAUUUGGAAUUGUCUUCCAGGCAAAAUGCAUCGAAACUGGGGAAACAGUGGCCAUCAAGAAGGUGUUGCAAGACAAACGAUACAAGAAUCGUGAGUUGCAGAUCAUGCGACUGUUGGAUCACCCGAAUAUUGUAGCUCUGAAACACUGCUUCUUUUCAACGACGGAUAAAGAUGAACUGUUCUUGAACCUGGUGCUGGAAUAUGUGCCUGAGACGGUGUAUCGUAUUGCAAAGCACUACAAUCGCAUGAACCAGCGGAUGCCUCUUCUGUACGUAAAGUUGUACACUUAUCAGAUCUGCCGGUCGAUGGCAUACAUUCAUAAUGGCAUUGGUGUGUGUCACCGAGACAUCAAGCCCCAAAACCUGCUGGUGAAUCCCCAUACGCAUCAACUGAAACUUUGUGACUUUGGCAGCGCCAAAGUUCUGGUGAAAGGGGAGCCCAACAUCUCGUACAUUUGUUCACGGUACUACCGUGCUCCUGAGCUGAUUUUUGGAGCGACAGAGUACACGACUGCCAUCGAUAUAUGGUCGAUGGGAUGCGUGAUGGCUGAACUUCUUCUGGGACAGCCUCUGUUCCCCGGAGAGAGUGGAGUGGAUCAAUUGGUGGAGAUUAUCAAGGUGUUGGGAACACCGACUCGUGAGGAGAUAAAGUGCAUGAAUCCGAACUACACGGAGUUCAAGUUUCCGCAAAUCAAGGCUCACCCGUGGCACAAAAUAUUCCACAAACGCAUGCCACCAGAAGCAGUCGACCUGGUUUCAAGACUUCUACAGUACUCUCCAAAUCUGCGAUGCAAUGCUCUGGAAGCGUGUGUGCACCCGUUCUUUGAUGAGUUAAGGGAUCCUAACUGCCGCCUGUCGAACGGACGGCCACUUCCGCCUCUGUUCAACUUCAAACCUCAAGAGUUGAAAGGUGCAACUCCUGAUAUUCUGCAUCGUUUGAUACCCGAGCAUGCUCGGAAGCAAAAUCCGAUGCUGUCUCUUUGAGGAGUGUCUUGGAAGUUAACGGAAGACUUCAAUGCGUGAAUAUUUUCCCUUCUUGGAGUGGUCUGUCGUGUGCAGGGGCUUCAUAUGAACUCUCUUCUGUCUUGUCUGAUCACGUUGAGGACCGAGUGUGCCUUGGACCCCUGCUUUUUCUCUUGUAUUGGAGGGAAACUUGGUAGAUGUUUAGCAUGCCACCGCUAUAAUUGGUAAUCCUCUGGUAACAGAGGUUCUGCUGAUACGGGGCUUAUGAAUCUCCUGACUCUUCUUGGGUUUCACGGGCUUUUGGGAGUUAAAGCAUGCAGGAAUUUGAAAAGUUUACCUAUUUAGGUACGCUUUGUACUUCUGGAAAGGCCCUCAUUGCAUGCAAAUCUAUGAGAUUCCUACAGCUACGUGUGCUCUCUCGAGUUUGGGAGUGGACUGAAUGGCGAUCCACUUGAAUGCACAGAGAGAGGAGAUGUCACCUUUCAAGAGUCUCAGUUGGGCUGUUACAUAUAGAAGCCUUCUGAGUGGUGAAAAAGUUGGUAUAAAUGUAGCGGGAUCCGAAUGUGGGGCAAAAUCACAAUGUAAUUUUCUUAGCAAAUCAAGGCUUGUAAUGUUUUUUUCCAUUUUUCA